UCGCACCAGACCUUGUCGCAAUGCAUCCGUCAAGCAUUGGCAAUUUACUUACCAUACUUCCUCGACCUCCAUGGACACAGCCACUCAAUUGGGACCUGGCAAUGAACUGGGGUUGCGAAAAACGUGUUCUCUUCUCUGCAUACAUUAGGCAUCGUGACAGCAACAGCAUGUCGCAAUUAUCGCCUAGCGAGUUCCCUUCCUUUCGAAAACUCCCCGUUGAAAUUCAGCUUCGUAUCCUCUCAUGCUGUUCACUGCCUACUCUUUGGCAGCUCAUGCGAACGUCUUCCAUGCUGCGCAUUGAGUCAUCAAAGCUGUUCUGGGGAUGCCCUGACGCCUCUUAUCUCGUAUCUAUCAGUUGGCUCAUGAGUGGUGGCUAUCCUGGUCAUACUUGCGUCGACCUUACGUUCCUUGCCCAUGUACAGAACGUAGAGAUUGAAUACGGCUGCCUGCACUACUGGCUUUGGCCGGAACGAGAAGAAAAGGGACCAUUUCGCCCGGAAGACGUGCAACAAGACAUUGUGGCUAAAAUCUGGUCUACGUUAAGGAAGAGAUGCCCAGCAGCUAAGAGGGUAGUGUUUAAUCAAAACUUGAUGCUCUGCGAAGUCAUGGACGAUGUCGAAAAUGUGCCACAGUGCCUGGAAGUAUUGAUACGAGCUUGUCCAAAAGACAUUGUCGGCGAGGCAGUCAUCAUGCAGGUGCGAGGAGAAGGAGGAAUAUGGAUAACCGACUUGUACUGCUAUAGAGAGCUGGAAAAGCCGCAGUGGAGAAGGGCAUAUUUUCGGCCUCUGGAAGAUGGAGGUUGGGAAGACAUUGAGCCGACAACGCACAAUAGCACAGUACUAUUGCCUGGACGGCCCUUUCAUGGUCCAGUCGGGCAGUUUGAGAAAGACGGCUUUGUUUUGGAAAGAAUCAUCCUCCAAGAACGUGCGUUCUGGCCUCUUGUCAUAGAAGCCUUGGAUCGACAUCACUUCGAUAAUGGGAAAAACAAUGCUUUCGAAUGCCCUAAGGCCAACUGCUCUGUAAGAUUUACGAAGGCUGGCGAAUGGACGACACAUGCAGCGACUACAUCACAUGGCUGGGCUCGAGCGGGAGACGAUCUCUUUGAGAUACUGCCUACAGAACUGCGAGGCCUAUUCGAGACCAGAUACAGUAUUUUGAAGUUGAAGAGACAGAAAUUGAGCGACGUCUACACAAAAGUGUUCAAAGAUUGGAACGAAGAAGGUGGGGAAAAGAGAAAACGAAUGGAACAAGAAUUUCUUCAGCAACUGGACAACGAUGCAGAUUGGGCGACAGACGAGCCGGCGGUGGAACAUCGAAUCUGGAGGAAUUUCACAAAGGUGAUGGAUCCGACCUGGAAUGGACAGUGAACAGGAUUUGAAAACUAUCUGGGAGUGUAUUAUGAUAUGUCAGGGGUAUUAGCCCGGUCGCGACUCGGUAGUUCCAAAGGGUCGCAUGCCGGUAGUCGGUGGAAGAUGCAUUGAUCUGUGGACACUAGAUCACUUGGAGUCUCACGGGCGCGAUGUAUGCUUGAUCAGGGUCAGUAAUGCUACCAAAUGCCCAAGUUUUGGUAGAGCCGGCUCGGUUUGUUCGCUUCCGUACAGUUUUUUUCGGUACCAACUCAUGC